CCUGAUGACACUGGUAGUAACAAAUGAAGUCGAGCAGGAGGCAAAGCGUAUUUUAGCAGCUGGAAGUUCGUAUGAAGUUCUCGAAAUAAAUCCGAGAGAUUUUGACAAAGAGCUUGUGCUCAAAAACUAUGGUGUCAAGGUUAAUAUUUUCAAGCGCCUCUUUCGAAAUAAAUUGGCGAUGCAAGCCAAAGUAAGAUUGGACGAUGCCAAAAUGCGAUUACUGGAUGAGCGCUUUCGUGUCAAAGAAGAUGAAGCAUAUAUUAACGUUGAGCGUGGUAAAAAAAAGGAAGAGGAAACAAUAUAUGCUCUUGAAGCAAGAACAAUGCUGCUGGAGGUGCGAGCAGCUGGUAUUUUGCAAGCACAGAAUCAGUGAUCGUUGUGUGUGUUUUAGUGUAUAUUAAAUAUU